UCUUCUGCCUCACCUCCCCCGUUUUCGCAUAAUUACACGUCGCGUGAUAACUAUUUGUUCGAGGGGGAUUAAAUAUCCGCGGGAGACAGUGGCCGGUGUCAAAACGUCGGUGAACAUGAAGCAUCUUCUAUUCAUCGCCAUCGCUUUGCUCGGCCUCUCCUUGGUCGGAGCAUUGUCGUCCGAAUACUCGAGCAUUUCUAGCGAUAGCAGCAGCCGGGAGAAGCGUAGCCCUGACGAUGGCCCUCCAAACGGUCCACCUCCGCACGGACCACCUCCACACGGGCCACCUCCUCCGGGACCACCUCCUUCGGGACCACCACCGAUGGAUAUGAUCGAUCAGGGAGCGAUUGAUCAAGAAUCGUCGACUCAGGAAUCGAGGAGCAGGAGAGAGGCUCAAAAUAUGCCUAUGCCGGGUGGUAUGGGCGACAUGGGAGGUGGAAUGGGGGCCAGCAUGGGUGGCGGCUUUGGAGGUGGUAUGGGAGGUGGCGCGUCUCAGUUGAGGAGCAGGAGAUCGGCUCAAAAUAUGCCUAUGCCGGGUGGUAUGGGCGGCAUGGGAGGUGGAAUGGGGGCCAGCAUGGGUGGCGGCGUUGGGGGUGGGAUGGGAGGUGGCGCGUUGAGGAGCAAGAGAGCGGCUCAAAGUGGAAGAAUUAUGGACGACAUGGACGAUGGGAUGGGAGGUGGUAUGUCAAAUAGGCCGCCUCAAGUGAGAAGUAGAAGAGCGGCGCAAAAUCCUCCCUUACCGGGAGGAGGUAUGGGAGGUGGUAUGGAAGGUGGAGUUAGCAUGGGUGUUAACUUUGGAGCUGGGGCAAGAGCUGGAGCUGGUGGAGGUUCGGGUCAACCGGCAAACUAGGAGUGGCAACACUUGUUCACCAUGGUCCAUCAUAAUUGCGAAAUAGUUAUAAAUAGGAUCGUUUUAGAUAUGGUCAAGGGACUACUGUACGUAGUGGUUUAGAUGUUAAAAUGUUGGAAUAAAUUUGAUUGAUAAAAAAAGAAAGGAAA